UCGCCAUGUAUCGGAUGAUUUUAUCGAAGUUUCUCCACCUCUAGGUGGAAUAAAUUAAUAAGUACAAAUCAGCAAAUAUGGCAUAUAACAAUGGCGGAAUGCCAGAUCAACAAUUUCUUUGGGAUGUUUUUCAAAGAGUGGACAAAGACAGAAGCGGUCAUAUAUCUGCGGAUGAGCUACAAGUGGCCCUUUCGAAUGGUACCUGGUCUGCAUUUAAUCCCGAAACGAUCCGUUUGAUGAUAGGAAUGUUUGAUCGCGAAAGUACUGGUAGCGUAUCUUUCCAAGACUUCGGAGCGUUAUGGAAAUAUGUGACGGAUUGGCAAAAUUGCUUUCGAUCAUUCGAUCGUGACGGUUCGGGAAACAUAGACAAAACUGAGCUGAAAACAGCACUCACCUCAUUCGGAUAUCGUUUAUCCGACCAAUUAAUUGAGGUUUUGCUUCGCAAGUUUGAUCGCAUUGGAAAUGGUACAAUUCUAUUUGAUGAUUUUAUUCAAUGUUGUAUUGUGCUAUAUAUUGCAUUGGAUUUAAAACAAGCGGUGCCCCCUGACCUGACUCGCGAGUCUUCAGAAUUCCUCGCUCUACUUACACCGCCACUGUAAUGUUUACAGUGUAAACGCUUGUGUGAUUCCAGCAUUCCAUCGUUCUAGCUGGCAUUUUUAUACA